AUGAAAUUGACCUGUCAAGUCUUAGCAAGAAAGAUGACGAUGAGGACCUUACACUUCUUCGUCUGGAAGAGAUACACUCUCCCCAAUAACAAAAUCGUGUCUUCGCAAACAAUGGCUCCAUUGAUUGACAUCUUGAGAGCCGCCAUCGAUUCUUUAUACCGACAAAAGCACGUCGCUUCGAUAAAUAGAAGUGUGUUAGAGAAGUUUGGAAUGACAUCGCAAUUACUGUGUCAGUGCGGGUUAGAGUACUUCGCUGAUGAAGUCCCAAGUUCACCAAUUUGCUACUCACCAGAGUUAAAGUACCAAUUCAGAUCUUCAAUUAGUGCGUUCAGACCUUGCUCCGAUAAUUCUUAUAUCGUCUUGUCAGACUCUGGAUCACUUGAAGUGAACUCUCUCUACUCACAGUCCAACUGA